CCUGAGACCGGAAGCAGAUUCGGGGAACAUGUGUUGAGGGGAGAUCUCGUCAAACUGAUAAAAAAUCGAUUUCACGAAGCGUUUCCACCAAAACUAAGUAAAGGAAUCCGCGGGUGUUUGUCAGAGAAUCCACCCAGAGGCCGAUGUGCUCCCUCCAGCCGGCGCUCCGGAGGAGUUUCCAGACUCUGGACAGCAGCCGGCGGGUGUGGGCCGAGGUGCUGGCGGAGUGCUGGCCGCUGCUGGAGGCGCUGGGGAACCUGGCGGAGCAGAUGGCAGCGCUGGCCCGCGUCAAUAUAUCGGAAACGCCGCUGCGCAAGUUCCCGGAUCUGCAGGAGCGGCUGCAGUUCAAGCUGCUGCAGGGAACGGACACGGUGCUGGGGAGACUCAGCGAGCACAUGUGCCGCCUGCAGUCCGCCAGAGACGCCAUCAGUAACCAGCUGUCUGCAGUGCUGCAGCUGUACGAGCAGAGCGCAGACGUCUUGGAUCUGCCGGCGGUCACUGAGCGCUCGGCCACCUCGCCGUCGGUCGCCGACAUGCUGGAGUGGCUUCAGGACGCAGAGCGUCACUACAGACAGCAACUCCUGCGGAGGAAGACUCUGCUGCUCUCGCUGAGGCCGGACGACCUCGCACAGCUGGAAUCUGCCCCCCGGAGAUGGAAAAGUCUGGAGUCUCCAGAUGCAGAGCAGCGAAUUUCAGAUACGCUGUGUAAGGUGUCGUCGUUCAUGGAGUCCCAGUGAAAACCUGUGCUGAUGUGAAAACCCGGUCACACGGACGCUGGCCAGACUGGGUUUUUAUUCUGGAGGUGAACUGGUUCCUUGAGUGGAACUUUACAUCGGUCUGCAGGUGUGCAGAUGACGAGGAUGCAGGGAGGAGACGAGACGCUGUGCUUUCAGACUUGAAAUGACUUUUUAACCAGCAAACGCAAAUAGGAAGACGAGUCCAACUCAGCUUUAGUCACACUUUACUAAACUGAAUUUAUUUCACAGCUCUGAUGAACACAAACUCAGUGCUGAAGGAACACAUGAACUCACACAGUCUCU